ACCAAUAAAUUUAGAAAAGAAGGCCCAAAAGUCUCUUCCUAAUCGGGCCCUAUGGCGUCCUCGCUCGCUGCAUCUUCAUCUUCAUCUACAUCUACAUGCCGCACGAACGAUACCUCGCAAACUCGCCUCUCUCUCUCUCUCUCUCUCUCUCUCUCUCUCUCUCUCAUAUUUAAUAACAUAAUAAUUUCUGAAUUCUGUUUUUGGUUGGUCCUAAUUUCCUUUCAUUUUCAUAAUAUUUUUUCUUCUUUAUUAUAUUAUUAUUCAACGCUUCUCAUUAUUCUAAAUUCAAACGCGGCUUUCUUCUUUUUAAUUGAACCCGUUGAGUUAAAUACACAACGGAAAGAAAACGAAACCACCAAAUCAAGUCUCGAUUUCAAUUCUUUCCCUUUCCGUAUUCGUUAUUAUAAAUAAUCCGAAUUCGGUUAAGGCCUUUUCAGUUUCAUUUUUUAAACUCCCUAUUUCAGAGCCUCUCUUCUCCUCACAAAUGAAGGGUCGGAGCUCCGGCAGAAUCUCCGCCAAAUGGAUUCCAUUUGUUUGCAUGUCUUCUUUUUUCCUCGGCGUUCUCAUCACUAUUAGUUCUUCUAGAGUGUGGACGCCACCUGAGUCCAACAAUCAACUCAUCUCGAGUCGUCGCCAUGAGCAGGAGCUUCAAGUCGUCACCGAGGAUUGUGCAACCAAGAAGAAGCCCGUACAAGAAAAGGAUGUGAUGAACGAAAUUUACAAGACCCAUAAAUCAAUUCACCGUGUCAGAUCUCUAGACAAGCAAAUGGCAAUGAUUCAGAUGGAGUUGGCGGCCACUCGGAGUUCUAGGGAGAUGGGAUUGUCUGAGGGUUCAGAUACCAAACCAACGUUGCCUCAAGAAGGAACUCCGAGGAAGAAGGUGUUUAUAGUAAUUGGAAUCAAUACUGCUUUCAGCAGUAGGAAGCGUCGUGAUUCGGUUAGAGAGACAUGGAUGCCUCAAGGGGAAAAGCUUUUGCAAUUAGAGCGCGAGAAGGGUAUUGUUAUUCGCUUCACAAUUGGUCACAGUGCAACAUCCAAUAGCAUUUUAGACAGAGCCAUUGAUUCGGAAGAUGCUCAACAUAAAGAUUUCCUUAGACUGGAACAUGUUGAAGGUUAUCAUGAAUUAUCUGCCAAGACAAAAAUUUACUUCUCUACAGCAGUUGCAAAAUGGGAUGCCGAUUUCUAUGUAAAGGUCGAUGAUGAUGUUCACGUCAAUUUAGGUAUGCUAGCUACCACUUUAGCCCGACACCGUUCAAAGCCAAGAGUCUACAUUGGUUGUAUGAAGUCUGGACCUGUUCUUUCUCAAAAGAGUGUCAAAUACCAUGAACCAGAAUACUGGAAAUUUGGAGAAGAAGGGAACAAAUACUUCCGACAUGCUACUGGGCAGAUCUAUGCAAUCUCCAAAGAUCUAGCUACAUAUAUUUCCAUCAAUCAACCCAUAUUGCAUAAGUACGCCAAUGAAGAUGUAUCGCUUGGUGCAUGGUUCAUUGGUCUUGAAGCUGAACACAUUGAUGACCGCAAUAUGUGCUGUGGUACUCCACCAGAUUGUGAGUGGAAGGCACAGGCAGGCAAUGUCUGCGUUGCAUCAUUUGAUUGGAGCUGCAGUGGGAUCUGCAAAUCCGUGGAAAAAAUCAAAUUUGUUCACGAAAAGUGUGGUGAAGGGGAUGGAGCUGUCUGGAGUUCCUUGUUUUAAAAUCCAUUCAGUUUGAGGUGUCUUCUUGGCCAAACAUGCCAAAAAAUGUUUUAUUGCAGACACGGGAGGCAGUUUAAGAGUUCAAAUUGAGAAGGCAUUUAUUGAUAGUGAUAGAUGAUGCACACGUUGAAUGAAUACGUUGCUCUUUCAAUUUUUUGUUGAAAAGCCUAGUAAGAGCCCUGCCAAAGUAGACUUUGUGAAAGUGUUUGCAAUUGGGAAGGUGUGAUUUUGGCAAAGAUUUUGUUCAACAUAUCUUCCAAGCGUGGGAGGAUAUGAGGGGUAUUUAUUCUGUUCGCUUCAUUUUUGUACUAGCUUCUUCCUUAUAUUUUUGGCAUAGAAAAUUUGAAUGUAAUUCUGUGGACGUAGGUUUUGUCAAACACUGCAAACCCCUUUAAAAGCCACAUUCCAGAUGAUGUUGUAUUCUUAAAGUGGGAUAAUCGUGUACAAUGAAAAAGAAUAAUAAAAUAAGGCAUUUUUAAAAUUUGAAA